CAGCCUACUCUUUACUCCUCAACCACAAAAACAUCUUCAGAAAUGGAUGGAGCCUGGGUCUACCUGGUGACAGGAGGAUGUGGUUUUCUUGGAGAGAAGAUCGUAGAGCUCCUGUCUCAACAAGACUACAUCAAAGAAGUCAGAGUGUUUGAUUCAGUGGCAAGAAAAGAAGUAGAAAAAUUCACCACAGCUACCACUCGUGUGACAGUGAUGAAAGGAGACGUUCGAGACUACGAUCUGCUCCUCACUGCCAUGCAGGGAGUUCACGUGGUUAUUCACACAGCUGCUAUUGUGAACGAAAAAAACACCGUGCCCUUUUGGGAAAUGAGAUCUGUCAACGUUGGGGGUACUGAAAAUAUGUUAAAGGCCUGCUGUGCCUUGAACGUCCCCUAUGUUGUCCACACAAGCUCCAUUGCUGCGGUGGGACCCAACACGUCGCAUGAGCCCAUGUUCAGAGGAAAUGAGGACACCAAAUACAGUGGGGAGGUGGAGCUGCCUUAUGGGAAGACAAAGGCCAUGUCAGAAAAACUUGUUUUGGAAGCCAACGGCAAAAAGCUGAGCAAUGGUGGUAGACUCACAACCUGCGUUAUCCGUCCAAACGCAGUGUAUGGGGAGAAAGCAAUGUUUCUUCAAGAGUUGUAUUUGCUCGCCAAAGCCAAGAACGGUGUGAUGGACUACCUGGAGCCUGAGAACACAGAGCGCGAUAGCACGUAUGUGGGGAACGUUGCAUGGAUGCAUGUUCUUGCAGCAAGGAACUUGCAGCUGAAACCAGACUUACUCGCGGGACAGGUGUAUUAUUCCUACGAUGACACUCCAACCAGAAAACCUUUUCUGGUAAGGCAUCAGCUGUUUGCCUCUCUGGACCCCUCAAUAAAGCUAGGCUCGCACAUCCCUUACUGGAAGAUAUGGUUAAUGAUCCAAGUACACCGGAUCAUCAGGAUCAUCUUGUACCCUUUCCGGAAGCCAACGCCUUUCCUAAGCGUGCCUUUAGUGAACACCAUAGUCACCACCUUCUCCUGUGAGACAGACAAAGCCGCCAGGCAUUUUGGGUACAAACCCCUCUUCACCUGGAAUGAGAGCAAGCACAGAACUACAGAGUGGUUAAAAGCAGCUGCAGGGAACCAGGAACCCUCCCAGCUUCAUAAAAAGAAGAACUAA